AUGAGUGCGCCGCAGUCGCCGGCGGAACGUCGCUUUUUGCGCCCUCGCCUGCGAUCAGCAACCCUAAUAUUACCGCGGACUGGCGAACGAGUCCGAAAAACAUUCACCCUCCGGCGAGGCUCGACCCUUUCGAACGGCUCUACCGAACCGCUUCUAGGACCCGGCCGUGUCAAUUCAAGCAGACAUGGCGACGGAGGUGUGCAAGAGAAGCUUCGGCAUGGCGUCAAGCGCGCCUAUGCGUUCGCUGUAUCGCCCACGGGCAUAGAUAUACUCAAAUGCUCAAUAGCCUACGUACUCGGAAGUUUGGCGACCUUCGUUCCACCAAUAUCAGGCCUGCUGGGCAGAAAUGACGGAAAGCAUAUGGUCGCGACGGUCACCGUGUACUUCCACCCUGCACGCUCGGCUGGGAGUAUGGCGCAAGCUAUAUUGCUUGCCUUCGGAGCCGUCAUAUAUGCUGCGAUAAUCUCUUUCUCGAGCAUGGCUGUAUCUGCCCUCUUCGGCGACCGGAAUCUUCUCGUCGUCGGCCACAUAAUCGUCCUUGUUGUGUUUUGCGGCGGUGGGCUGGGGCUCGUCGGAUGGACGAAGCAGCGCCUGGGUAAUCCGCUUGUGAAUGUUGCUUGCUCGCUGGCUUCGCUCGUUCUCAUCACGGUGCUUACCAAGGAGGGUGCUGUGCAAGCAGCAACGUUCUCGUACAACAAAGUGUGGCAGGUGUUGAAGAUGGUGAUAAUGGGCACAUCGGCGUCCACUGCCGUGUCGCUACUCAUACGGCCGAAGUGGGCGCGCACAGAGUUCAGAGACACGUACAUCAAGGCUACGGACGCGCUCGGGGAGCAACUGACGAUCAUCACGCGGAGCUUCUUGUCCGGCUCGGAGCAGGAUUUGAAGGAUACGGAUUUCAUCAAAGCGUCGGGUCAGAGUAGGGCGACUUUCAAGACGCUGGUGAAGAACCUCGGAGAGGCGAAAUACGAGCAUUAUCUGCUCGGUACAGAAAAGGAAUACAAGGUCGAAGCUCGUCUGGUGAAGUGUCUGGAACUAUUGCUCCAGAACAUCGGUGGCCUGCGCAGUGCUGCGGAGACGCAGUUCACCCUGCUAGUACAGUCUGAGCAAAGUGCCUGUGGGACGGGAGGAGAGAUCUCAGGCCCGAGGAGAGCUAAUCCAGCGCACUAUUCGGACCACACAACAUCCCCUCACAUCUCCCCCACUCUCAGCCAUGUAGAAAGAAGAAGUAGCAUACUUGCAUCUAUAGAAGAACUUCCAGAGAGUCCAGGCGAAGUGUCCGAUGACGAGUCGCUGAGAAUGAGCGGUUCUUGGAGGCUGCCGCAGGGGAUGGAGACAAAUUUAAAGGCAUCGGAUAUGUUCUCUAUAUUCAUAGCUCACUUGGGGCCACCAAUGAAAUCACUCGCAUAUACCCUGCGCGAAGUCCUCGAUGAACUCCCCUUUGGACCAGGCCCUGAAUAUGCCAUGAUGAUCAACGAACAUUUCCGCACCAGCCUCAUAGAAGCCAACACGCUCUUCGCGAACGCCAGCAAAGACGCGCUCGCCGCGGUAUACAGCCAGAAGGUACCGCAGAGGAUGAACUCUGUUGAAGUUGCUGCCGACUUUGAAGAAGUGGCAGCGAGUUGCGGAUACUUCAGCUCUUCGCUGCAGGAUUUCGCAGAGGACAUGGUGAAGUUCUUGGAUCUUCUGGAGGAGUUGAAGCAGACGAGGUAUCCGAGACGGAGAUCAUGGAAUUGGUUGAAGUUCUGGAGGAGGUGGACUGGGCCGAAGGAGAGAGUCACGGAUUCAGAGGAGUCGAGUCCUACCGAUGAGAGCAUCGAGCACGAGUUGUCACAUGAAGUCCAUAACCCUAUACAACGGGUACCGGAUAUCCAGGAAAGUAGAAGGAAGACAACCGGCCAGCGUCUGUCAUAUCGCAUUUGGGUAGCUCUUCACCUUCUUCGGAGAGAUGAUAUCAAGUACGCAGCGAAGGUCGGUAUAGGCGCCAUGUUAUAUGCUAUAUGGUCGUUUAUUCCUUCUACGAGGGUGUACUACAGCCAUUGGCGUGGGGAAUGGGGACUCUUGUCAUACAUGUUGGUCUGCUCCAUGACCAUCGGAGCUUCAAACACUACGGGUCUACACCGAUUCUUUGGAACAUGCCUUGGCGCCGUUUAUGCCAUUAUUUGCUGGAUCAUUGCUGACGACCACGCGGUUGUGCUUGGUGUCCUUGGCUGGCUCAUAUCUCUCCAGUGCUUCUACAUCAUCGUUGGCAAGGGUAAAGGACCUAUGGGCAGGUUCAUUCUGCUAACGUACAACCUUUCGGCGCUGUACGCUUACUCGUUGUCUGUGCAAGACGAUGACCAUGAUGACGAUGAAGGUGGGAUAUCCCCCGAGAUAUGGGGAAUCGUCACCCAUCGUGUUGUCGCCGUCAUGACUGGCUGUGUGUGGGGUCUCAUCGUCACGCGACUGAUCUGGCCCAUCUCCGCGAGACGGAGGGUCAAGCAGGGGCUGUCGCUGCUCUGGCUGAAGAUGGGUUUGGUCUGGAAACGAGGACCACUUUGUGCGGCUUUGGAGAAUCCAACUUCCGCUGUUGGUUUCAUGACCUUCAAGGAGGAGGCAGAGCUGCGCAGAUUCUGGACUUACCUCGACACUCUUCGCGAUGCUGCCACUUUUGAGUUCAGGCUUAAGGGGCCUUUCCCGGAUAAGAGCUACAAGACAAUCCUGGAGGCUACGGAGCGGCUAUUGGAUAGCUUUCACGCUAUGAAUGUAAUCAUCUUGAAGCAUGUCAACGCCACUGAAGGCGAGAAGGAGAUUUUACAGUAUACGAAGAAGGAGUGGCUGGAGUUCAGUUGGCGCAUCAGUCACUUGUUUUCAGUGAUGGCGUCUUCGAUGAAGAUGGCAUUUCCCAUGAACGAUGUCCUGCCAAAUGUCGAGCACACACGUGAUCGCUUAUUGGUGAAGGUUUUUGAGUUCCGCAGAACGGGCCUGGGAAAGGUGGUUGCAACAGCUGAAGACUAUGAGUUGCUGUACGCAUAUGCGCUUGUGACGGGUCAAUUGGCACACGACCUAGCCAUUAUAGGGCAGGAGAUUGAGAAUCUGUAUGGGGUUCUGAAUGAGGACGAUUUGAAGCUACAAUAG